AAUUUGAAAACUAUGGAUUUUUCUUCCAUUUCUAUAUAUAGAGUUGAUUAUUACUUAUGUUAACAAACAUUUCGUUUAACCAGAAUGGUUACAAUUUCAUUUCAGAAAAUAGAUUACGCAAUCUUUAUUUUAACGUUAUUUUUAACAUUUUUAGUGGGAGCAUUUUAUUCGAUAUGUAAAAAACAGAAUACGGCCGAAGAAUAUUUACAUGGUGGGCGAAGUAUGAAUCUUUUUGUUGUUGCCUUUUCAAUUAUAUCUGGAGCAAUAUCUAUUCAAAUUAUAACCAUUCCAACAGAAAUUUACUACUAUGGCAUAAAUAGUUUUGUAGGUAGCAUCAUCACUUCACCACUUGUUGGUUUAACAACUUAUUUCUUAAUUUUCCCCGUCUUUUACAAAUUACAACUUACGAGCAUUUACACUUAUCUUGAAUUAAGAUUUGACAGAAAAGUUAAAUUAUUAUCAUCGUUUAUAUUUGCUGUACAAAUAAUUGUCAGUUUUCCAAUCAUCACUUAUAUACCAGCAUUAAUAGUUUCUUAUGUAAGCAACAUAAACGUUUAUGUAAUAACAUAUUCUUUAAAUAGCUUAUGUAUCAUUUAUACUCUAUUUGGUGGUAUAAAAGCUGUUAUAUGGACAGACGCGUUACAAUUGUUAUUCAUGCUGAUAUGUCUAUUUGGGGCAGUACUUGUUGGUUUUGUUAGGCUGGGAAUUUGGAAUAUUUUUAAAAUUGCGAGUGAUACGGAGAGAUUAAAAAUAGUAUUAGAUUUAGACCCAACUAAACGAGAUACAUUAUGGAUUGCUAUUGGAGGUUGUUACUUUCAAAUUCUUGGAUUGAUGGGUUUUGGUCAAGGAUCUAUUCAAAAGUAUUUAUCAUUAAAAAAGUAUAGUGAUGUAAAAUGGGCAUGUUCCAUUGCUUUCGUUGGAAUAAUGCUGAUAAUUACACUUUCAGCUUUCAGCGGUAUUAUACCUUUACAUCAGUAUGUUUAUUGUGACCCACUGAUAUCUAAAAAAAUUAGAAAGCCAGACCAAUUAUUAACACAUUACAUCAUGGAUCCAGAAAUACGAUUUUCGGGUUUAGCUGGUCUUUUUGUAUCUGGUAUUAUUAGCGCAAGUUUAAGCACUUUAUCGUCUGGAUUAAACAGUGUAACUGCUACCGUUUAUUCUGAUUUUUUAAAACCGUAUUUAUCAAAAAAUGUGAUCGAAAAAUACGAAACUAUUUGUUUGAAACUGUUAGUGUUGAUUUUUGGAAUUUUAUGUAUAUCGUGUGCAUACAUGGUAAAAUAUUUAGAAAACAAUAUUUUUCCAGUUUUUGUUAGCUUUAUUGCGUUAACAAAUGGGCCUAUGGCUGGAUUAUUUAUUGCUGGACUCUUUAUAACACAAAUAAACGCAAAAGGUGCUUUUUAUGGAGGAUUGAUAUCAUUAAUUUUUAUGGGAUGGCUCGUUAUAACUUCUCAAUGGUAUCAAAUGCAAGGUUUGGUUAAAUUUCCAACACUUCCACUUUACACGAACAAUUGUGGAAUUACUUUUGAAAAUGUUUCAAAUGUAAAACAUAAUCAAUCACAAAAUGAAAAUGUAUCGUCCAUAUUCAAAUUUCCACAUUUUUUAUUUCCUGUAAUUGGUAGUUGUACGGUAUUAAUUCUUGGAUUUCUAAUAAGUUGUUUCACAAAAACAGAAAAUGAUGAGAAUGUUCCUGAUGAAUAUUUAAGUCCACUAGUGCAUUGUAUCAGAAAGAAAUGUAACAUUUCUAGUUACAAAAGUGUUUUAGAUGUGAGAGAAGAAUGUGAUAGUAAAUGAUUGAAUUAAAAAAAACACUCAUUUUUCAAAAAUAACUUCACAUUGUUAAACAUGAUAACUUCUAACUACUUAAUGUAAAUGCAAGAACACUAUAAACAUUCCCUUAUCCUAACAAAAAUGACAUAUUAUGUCGUUUUGAAAAACUUAAAAAAACUUGUAAUCGUACAAUUAUCAAAACAUAUUCCAAAAACAAAGUGAUCAUAUAGGACUGAGCGGCUGCCUGGAGCUGGUGAGUGAGAUCAUAGAGAUCAGAACAACUUUUCAUAAUAAGAUUAAUUAAAAUUCAAUUCUACUUUCGAUUGACAACCCUAAAGCUUAACAAAUAGUGUUCAAUUGAUCGUUUCAAAUGACGAAGAAGAUGUAUCGCUUCAAAAUGUACAUUGUGCUCGAAAAUUUAUAUUGGUCUAUCCUAGACAAAACGAGAAGAGACGAAAUAAAAAACAUUAACAUUCGAGAACGUUAUACGAUCGCGCAAAUAGCGAUGUGAAGAGAAUGAGCGAGUAUAAGCUACAGCGUAUAGCAAUGCAAGAAUACCAGAAGGAAGCCGUUCACUAAAAAGGUGGCAGGAGAAAUGGUAGUUCACCUUCCAGGAGGUCCCUCGACAAUGACUGCAAAAUCAACAGACCGACAGGUUUAAGAGAAAGAAAAAGACGAAAGACAUAAAAAUAGUUAUUUACGGUAUAUUGAAAAUAAUCAUCUACCACAAGUUCACAUUUAAGUAAACUUCACACCUAAUUUUUUAUUGCAAGUAAAUUUACAUAUUGGCCUUACUUAAAUUUCACCACAAUUCAAACUUUUUCCAUAAUUAGAGUUUAGAUCCAUGUUGCAAGUGAAUUAUUUAAAGCGUUAACUAGUUUGACUUCAAAUUUAAUAAAAAGAGCGAGUUAAGAA